GCAGCCGGGAACAAGCAUGGCCGCCACCGGGGCUGCCUCUACUGACCUAGAGGUGGUCCGAGGCAAGCGCUCCGCCCUCUUCUUCGCUGCGGUGGCCAUCGUGCUGGGGCUGCCGCUCUGGUGGAAGACCACCGAGACUUACCGAGCCCCGCUGCCUUACUCUGAGAUCAGUGGGCUAAAUGCCCUGCAGCUCCGGCUCGCGGUGCCAGUCGCUGUCGUCUUUACCCGGGAAUCGCUGCCUCUGGACGACCAGGAGAAGCUGCCCUUCACCGUUGUUCAUGAGAGAGAGAUUCCAUUGAAAUACAAAAUGAAAAUCAAAUGCCGUUUCCAGAAGGCCUAUCGGAGGGCUUUGGAUCAUGAGGAGAAAGCCCUGUCCUUGGGCAGCGUACAAGAGGCAGAAUCCAUGUUAACUGAGCCACAGGAACAAGCAGCUGGCUCCCUGACUGUGUACGUGAUCCCUGAGCACUCUUCACUUCUUCCGCAGGACACGUUGAGCUACAUUGGGCCCAAGAGGACUGCGGUGGUGCGCGGGAUUGUGCACCGCGAGGCCUUUAACAUCAUUGGCCGCCGCAUAAUCCAAGUAGCCCAGGCCAUGUCUUUGACUGAGGAUGUGCUUGCUGCAGCCCUGGCUGACCACCUCCCAGAAGACAAGUGGAGUGCUGAUAAGAGGCGGCCUUUGAAGUCCAGCUUGGGCUAUGAGAUUACCUUCAGCUUGCUCAACCCGGAUCCCAAGUCCCACGACGUCCACUGGGACAUCGAAGGGGCUGUCCAGCACUAUGUCCAGCCUUUCCUGAACGCACUCAGUGUCGCGGGCAACAUCUCUGUGGACUCUCAGAUCCUUUACUAUGCAGUGUUGGGGGUAAACCCUCGCUUUGACCCUGCUUCCUCCAGCUACUACUUGGCCGCACACAGUCUUCCCCAUGUCAUCAACCCAGUGGAGUCCCGGCUGGGAUCCAGUGCUGCCUCCCUUUACCCAGUGCUCAACUUUCUACUCUAUGUACCUGAGCUUGCCCACACCCCCCUGUAUAUUCAGGACAAGGAUGGAGCUCCAGUGGCCACCAACGCCUUCCACAGUCCCCGCUGGGGUGGCAUUAUGGUGUACAAUGUGGACCCCAAAGCCUACAAUGCCUCAGAGCUUCCAGUGAGAGUUGAGGUGGACAUGGUGCGGGUGAUGGAGGUGUUCCUGGCUCAGUUGCGGCUGCUCUUUGGGAUUGCUCAGCCCCACGUACCUCCAAAAUGCCUGUUAUCGCAGCCUCAAAGUGAAGGGCUAAUGACCUGGGAGCUGGACCGUUUGCUCUGGGCUCGGUCAGUGGAGAACUUGGCCACAGCCACCACCACUCUCACUUCUCUGGCCCAGCUUCUGGGCAAGAUAAGCAACAUUGUCAUCAAGGAUGAUGUGGCAUCUGAGGUGUACAGGGCUGUAGCUGCAGUCCAGAAGGCAGCAGAGGAGCUGGCCACUGGGCACCUGGCCUCUGCCUUCGUCUCCAGCCAAGAAGCGGUGACAUCUUCAGAACGCGCCUUUUUUGACCCCUCCCUCCUCCAUCUCCUCUAUUUCCCUGAUGACCAGAAGUUUGCCAUCUACAUCCCGCUCUUCCUGCCUAUGGCUGUGCCCAUCCUCCUGUCUUUGGUAAAGAUCUCCUUGGAGACCCUCAAGUCCUGGAAAAAGCCUGAGAAGACAGACUGAGCAGCACGGCCUCUCAUGGAAACCUUCCUUCCCAGCCAGGUGGGAAGUAUUAGAUUGAGAGGCACAUAAACGGAGCCUGUCGUGGAUGACUGGUCUGUCUCCAGCUUGCCCUGGCACCUCCAGCAACCAAACCCCGACACUUCAGAAUGGACUAUUGAUUGUCCUUUCCCACUUCUCUAUUUCAAAUCCCAUUCCCCAUACUCCAUCUCAAGAGUCACAUCUGGGUGUCUUUAUCCAGCUUGAAUGUGAAGGUACUUGCCUCUCUCCCUCAGGGGGCAGAGGCAACUUGCGCUCUGGUCUUGUUCCUCACGGCCCUCUUGCACUGCGGAGCAUUAAGGGAUAACCUGGGUUGGUUCUAUGUACGCCACUCCAUGCUACUCCUGGAGCCCUUAGGGAGAGUCCUAGCACUCCUGUCACGGAAGGGCCAGGUGCUUCCCCCCCCCCUCCGCUGGGAAUAGCCUGACAGGACUCUAGAAAGUGGCAGCGCAGUUGCUAUGUGUGUGCAGCGGCUCCCUUCAUCCCUUCACAGAGGCAGUGCGAUGAUGUGGGAUCCGUCGUGCCUGAACUCACACCCUUGCUUCUGCAUGCACCACCUGGGAAGCAACUGAACCUCUUUGGGCCUCGGUUUUUAUUUGUUAAAUGACACUACUAAUACCUCACCUUAUAAUGUGGUUUGAGAAUGGAAUGUGACAAACUUGUGAAAGUGUUCGGCAUAUUCUGGGCUCUCAAUAAACCGAUGGAAUGUGAACUGGAA